AUGCGCACCGAAACUGCCUGCCCAAUCGCAAUCGUUGGAAUAGCGGCUGAGUUGCCGAGCGGCGAAUUUGCUGCAAACAACCUCGACUACAACGCGUUCUUCCAAUUCCUCCUCCAGCGAGGAGAGUCAUACGAAUUCAUCCCAAAGGACCGCUUCGACAUAGACUCCUGGAGGGGAAAGCAGCUGGGACGCAUCAUUGCGGAACGCGGAUCCUUCCUGAAGAAUCUUGAUUCGUUCGACUACCUCGAAUUCGGCAUAACGAGCAAGGAUGCUCGUGCUAUGGCCGUCAGCACCCGGAAGCUCAUUGAGCUGUCCUUCUUAGCACUCCUGGACUCCGGCAUAGAGUACCGAGGCAGGAACGUCGGCUGUUACGCCUCCGGUAAUGCAUUCGAUAUCCUGAGCGUCGGUACCGCGGAUGAAUUCGAAGCGCGAGGAUCCUUCGCCGGAAUACCUGCUCAGAUCGCGAAUCGGAUUUCAUACCACCUGGACCUGUUAGGUCCUUCGGUGCCGACAGAUACCGCAUGCAGUUCAUCUUUGACCGCGAUGCAUCUUGCCAUCCAAGCACUUCGCACGGAUGACUGCGAAGCUGCAGUCGUGGGCGGAGCCCAGAUCAACCAGAGAUUGUGGGACUUCGUCCAGUAUACACAGGGCGGUGUACUCGCUCCCGACGGCAAGUGUAAGCCGUUCGACAUGGGAGCAGAUGGGUUCUCUCGUGGCGAAGGUGCUGUAGUAAUGGUCAUCAAACCGCUGGAGGCAGCGCUUCGCGACGGUGACAACAUAUAUGGCACGAUCUUGGGCACCGGCAUUAACAGUGCAGGAUCUGAGGCUCCGGUGAACGCACCGGCAGCAUCAGCUCAAGAAGACACUAUGCGUCGUGCGUUCAAGCAAGCGAAUCGCAAGGUGGAAGAUCUCGAUUACGUCGAGCUGCACGCGACCGGGACUGCUAAGGGAGAUCCCACGGAGGCGAAUUGGGUGGGAGCCGCCUUCAGACGAGAAGACGAACUUCUCGUUGGGAGUGUGAAAGGCAAUAUAGGCCAUCUCGAGAUAACCGCUUUCCUUGCGUCGGUCUGCAAGGUCUGCGGUAUAUUUAACUCCGGAAUCAUUCCUCCCAACGUCAGCCUAACCCGCCUAAACCCGGCCAUAAAAUGGGACGAAUACCGUAUGCGGGUGCCUCUCGAGCCAACACCGCUGUCGUGCCGCUCUUCCAGCGGUAAGUCCCUUGUUUCGAUCAACAGCUUCGGCAUAGGAGGCUCGAAUGGACACUGCGUUAUGGAAUCUCCUCCGGCUUCACUACCCAAGCCGGUUUCGCUGGCUGAGGGCGCGCCUGUUCUCUUGCUCGCCGGUGGAUUAUCUCCGCGUGCAACUACUGCAGUCUCCGAUUCUCUCAGCGAGCUCGUCCGGGAACGGAUCUCUCAGAUACCCAACAUCUCCACUCUCUACGGGCGACGUAGCCGCCAGAUGACAUGGCGAAGUUUUGCUGUUGUGUCGCCCAGCGACAUGACUAAAAUCAGGUUUUCGCAACCCACUCUGACGCCGCGAGCCCGUCCAGCUGUCGGUUUUGUAUUUUCCGGCCAAGGUCCCCAACAUAUGCACAUGGGUCGUCAGCUGUACAAAGAAUUCCCGGCAUUCCGCGAAAGCGUCACGACUUUGGACGGGGUGUACAGCCAGGUGGUCGGCCAUUCUCUCGUGGAGAAAGUGGGCAUGUUCAAAGACAUCGGCGCCGCAUCCUCCUCCAUGCCUGACGUCUGGCCUAUUGAUAUCAUUCUCCCCGCGAUCGCCAUGGUUCAGAUCGCAUUGUUCGACCUCCUCGCCAGCGUCGGAGUACGGCCUGAUUUUGUCUUGGGCCAUUCCGCCGGAGAGACCACGAUGUUGUACGCGUCCGGUGCUGCCCCUCGGGCUAUGGCUCUGGAGCUCGCGAUCGCGCGAGGACAAGUCCUGGCCCUCACUGAAAGCGCCGGCGGCACCAUGACCGCCUUGUCCUGCGGGCCUGAAGUAGCGAAGCCUCUACUCGACGAGGUGAAGGCGACGCGUGACGCAGGCAUCCUCGAAAUCGCAUGUCACAACAGCGCGGAGGCCAUCACGAUUGCCGGCCACGAUUAUCUCGUUGACGCAGCUGUGGAACUCUGCAAGUCGAAAGGAAUUGCCGCGACCAGACUGCGUACAUCCGUGGCCGUGCACAGCUCAAUGAUGGAGCUUUGCAAGGACGAGUACUACGAACGUGUCCUGCAAGUCUUUGCGAAAUAUCCCGAGGCGCGCUUAACGCCAAAUGUGGACACAUUCUCCACCGUAACGGGCGAAAGGCUGGCGGAGCCGUUCUCACCAGACUACUACUGGAAAAACACUAGGGAACCGGUGCUAUUCAUGGAGACCGUUCGCUCUGCUCAAGCCGCGAUAUCCGGGCGUAAUCUAUUAGUAGUCGAAGUGAGCCCGCAUCCAGUUCUCUCCGCGUACCUUUCCGCGCUUUGUCCGGAAUCUGCAACUAUCGUCGGUCCGAUGCGACGAACGAAGCAGAUGUUCCCACAUUUUGAGCGUUCUACCUUCUUGCAAGCGGUCGGGAAGCUCAUCGCGGGCGGUUACAACUCAACCGACUUCCCCGCCCUCAACGGCGGAGCGUCGCAGCACGUGGAGUUUGGUGUGCCUGCAUAUCCCUUUGCACCGAAGAGCGUGCCUCAUAUGGCGAAAUUACCGGAGAACGACGAGAUCUAUGGGUCCCGACUAGGACCCUUGAACCAUUCUCGACUUCGCCUCAAUGCGGCGACUCAUCCAGAUCUCGCGCAACACGUCAUGAAAGGGGAACCGAUUGUUCCUGCUACAGGUUUCGUGGAAAUGGCUCUGGAGUUCGGUGCGAGAUCUUUAUGGGACGUGAAGUUCCUCUCCUUCCUAUCUCUUUCGGCGGAGGAACCUGUCCGCGUCCGCUUCGAGCCCGACGGCUUCAAGUGGUCGAUCAAGACAACUUCAUAUAGCUCACAUGGUUCUGGCGCGGCCAGCAAGAAGGCCGAGCGAUUACAUGCUGGCGGAUACUUCUCGACAGAGCCAACAGCCGCCAACCCCCCUUCUCCUCGUCUAGACGAGAUUCGGGAGAGGUGUCAUUGGAUCAACGUCUCAGGCUUCUAUGACGACCUCCGCUAUUUCGCUGAAUACGGCCCAUGGUUCCAGAUGAUCACGUCCGUUCAUCGCGGCGAGGAAGAAUUUUUGGUCGAAGUUGAUACACGGCGGCAGGGCGUCAAUGUUCCGACAUCGCAUUAUGUCUUCGAUCCGGCCAUCCUCGACGCAUGCAUUCACGUUAUGGUCCAUCCCAUGAUCACUGGCAACACUGAUCGCAACGUAUACUACUUACCAUCACGUUUCGAUUUUUUCUCGACAUAUGACGCCUUGCAUCGUCGCGAAUUUACGGACAAGUUGUAUGCGCAUGGGUCUCGAGGAAGAUGGACCCCGGAGGGCAUAACCUUCGACGUCCUGGUAGUCAAUAGUCAAGGAACGCCGUUGUGCUCCUUCCGAGGCUUUGAGGUCGCCUACCACGGUUUAGCGCCCUCGGUGGGAACGCGCUAUGAUCUCGAAUACACCACUGUGGCGAGCCUGGACCUGAAUGCGCGCGUUCAGAAGGCGGACUCGUUCUCGUGCGACGAGAUUACUAAGGUCACAGAUCGCACCCUCUACUUCCGCUACAUACGAGGCAAGGAGGAUUUACUGCGUAGUGAGCUCGAGAAGGUCGACCUGACUGGGUUGUCCAUUUGGUUGCUUGCGCUCUCCGGCGUCGACGGCGACGCUGCCCUUGGGUUUUCGCGUUCCUUACGACGCGAGCUACUAGCGAACGAGGUGCGCCUGGUGAUAUUCGAGGCUCGCAUAUCAUUCCCGGCACAAGUCGAGGUGAUAUCGGGGUUGUUACAAGAGAACGUCGCCGAGGAUGAAAUCACUGUGGACUCCACUGGUCGGGUUCUUGUUCCUAGGCUUCAAGCGUCGUCACCUCCAGUAGAAUCGACUUCUCUGAAUCCCGACGCACCUUGGUCUGUGAAGCGUACUGGAUCGGGAGAUUCGAAAGCAGUUAUCGUUCAAACAUCGCCGCCCAUUCCCGAACAGCAUGAAGUCCUGGUGAAGGUCGAUUACGUCGAUACGCUCCAGCAAUCGGGCAUUUGGGCCUUCGUAGGGCGUACCGAUUCCGGCACUGCUGUCGCUGGACUCGCCUCUGAUCAUCUGGCAAGCCAUGUUGUCGUGCAUCGCGCAGUCGUCACCGAGCUGUCGAACAUCGGGUUCGACACCGCGGCGCGUCUUCCUGGUUACAUUGCAGCUCUCUCGAUCGGUUUCCUCGCUUUGGGAUUCAAAGCGGAGGUUCCCAGCCUCCUCGCGCAGAACACAGCGCUGGUCACCCAUGCCGACACGCUGCUAGGUACCCUCCUUGUGGAGCUUCUCAAGGACAGAGGACUGCAUGUCACGGCUGUGAACGAAACCGACGGCCUUAGUACCAUCUGUGGUCUGCAAUCGCCAAAGUCUUUCGACCACGUUUUGAGUGGAUUCCACGAUCCCGCCUCGCUCAGCGUCCUUCACAGUAUCUGUUCCACAGAAAAUGCAGUCUUCAGCUGGAACCAUCCCGAUCGCGGCAUUGCUGCCAUUUUAAAGAAUGAUCCCUACAGAAUCGGUUACGCGCUUCGUUCCGGACUUAAGUCUCUUCCAUCUUCAUACAAGAAGAUGGAGUACAGCAUGCCCGUUCACCGCCUUCUCCCUUUGACCUCCGACGUGACCAUCCUGGAUAACACUGCGAUAUUCGACCCCGCGAAGACAUAUAUAUUGUUCGGCGGCAUAGGCAGCUUGGGGUUGCGCAUUGCGACUUGGAUGUAUGAGAACGGCGCACGCCAUCUUGUCCUGACUUCCCGUUCCGGUCGUGAAACUCUCACAAAGACCAAGAACUUCGCCGCCAUGCGUGUUCUGCGCUAUUUGACGGAUUUAACUGACCUCGACAUCAAGCUUCUCGCUUCCGACGCGACGAACGUCACAGAUCUCCGCAGAGUGCUAUCCGCGAUAAGUUGUCCCAUCGGCGGAUGCAUGAUGCUAACAGCUGUCCUCGAGGACAAGAUGUUCGCUUCGUUAACUCAAGACAGCUUUGAAAGGGUCUUCGCCGCGAAGAUAGGAGCCUUCAACGCCCUCACUCAGGCGCUCGAUAUCACCAGUCUCGAUUUCCUGAUCACUUUCACGUCCAUAUCAGGCAUGUUUGGCAGCGCAGGACAGACCAACUAUGCUGCAGCGAACACCGCGCUGGAGGCUUUGACUCGGCCUUACCCAAAUGCAUUCUCCUUGGUGGCACCCGCGAUGCUCGACACGGCUAUUGUCUUCGCCGACGAGCAAAGCAAGACUACUCAUAACACCAAAGUCCGCCAUAUUAGUGAAUGGGGCAUGUCGUCGCGAGAGCUUUGCGCAUGCAUCGAAGAUGGCAUCCGCAAACUGCGGAACGGGCCAUUCUGGUUAUACGUUCCCGAUUUCAAGUGGGCGGCUGUCCGCGAUAAUCUUGGCGUCUCUCCCGUCUUCGCACAUCUCGUUCCGGAGGUUGAUGAAGACACGUCAACAGCGGACGCAGCCUCCAAAGACUCUAGUGUCUUAGAUAUUGUCCUCAAGGUCCUGGACUUGGAUAAGGAUGACUUUUCCUUUGAGGUUCCACUCACCGCAUACGGACUCGACUCGUUAUUGGCGUCGAAGCUUGCGGUAACGCUUCGCCCUUGGGUUUCAAUAACCCAACUGCAGCUGCUGGCAGAUAUCACGUUCGAGGACAUACAACGACGGAUAGAGGCGCAGGCCGGACAGGAAGUCGAACAACCGGCCGACAAGGACUUCUUUGACUGGGAGGAAGUCAUGCGUUCCGGCCCCGCUUGCGUCAAGCUCACCGAUGGGGAAGGCCUGCCGCUGUUCGUCCUCCAUGGCCCUGCCGGCACUAUCGAAGCCUUCGGCCACAUGCGACUCAAUUUCAAGCAUACUCCGCUCUACGGAGUGCAAGCCACGAAGGACGCGCCUUAUGACAACCUCGACCGCCUUGCCGCAUUCUAUCAUUCGAACAUCAAAAGCGUACAACCGCAAGGGCCGUACCGUUUGGGCGGCUUCUGCGGCUCUAGUUUACUACUUUUCAUCCUCGCGGAUAUCUUCCGCAAAAACGGCGACAUCGUCGUGCAAAUGUCCAUGAUCGAUCAUUUCCCUCUACUAUACACCUCGCCCAUCUGGGAGCUGGACGCCGCCACGGCCAAAGAUCGCUGCGUUAGUGCCGCCCUGAAGUCCCGCGGUUUCGAGUGGAUCAUGAACUUGUAUCGGGUCGAGAAAAAUCCCAACGAAAAGCGCGCCGGGGAGGAGCUGAUGAAGGCUGGGCUGGGCGAGAAGGUUCAGCCGCACGUCAAGAAGCUGUACGAAAACACGAUGGUGUUCAUCGAAGCUCACGCAUCGUGGCUCGCUUCGCACUUGCUCAAGGAGGGCGAGGAGGUUGACGGUACGAUACUGCGUGAAAGACUCAUCGCCUACCUGUCAACAUUCGACUUUCCCGCGACGGUGUACGCUGCCAAAGACGGUAUGCAGAAGAUAUUCACGGACGAGCAGCAGGCGCAAUGGGCCCAUAUGGGCGCAACGAUGUGCACCAAUCCCAUUCGUGUCGCGGAAAUCGAGGCGUCGCACUUCGAUAUCCUCAGCAACCUGGACUUCAUACAUAGACUCGAUACCGAAGUAACUCUCACUGCAUCUAAUGUAAUGAAGGCUAUGUAGAUUUUAAUGAUAAUCUGUUAC